CUGCUGCCUUCGAUCCAUUUGGAAGUAGCCCAAAGCAGACUGGUCCAGACCUCCUGGGCUCCUUUCUUGGUUCCUCAGCUGUCCCUGGUGAUCCUUUCCUUCAGGCAACGAGAAGUCCUUCACCAACCGUGCACACUUCUAGCACACCGACUGUUUCCAUACAACCAGAUGUUUCCAGUGGCUGGGACUGGCCCAACAAACCAGGUGGCCUAGGAAUGGGGAGUAAGUCAGCUGCCACCAGUCCUACAGGAUCCCUCCACAGCACUCCCACUCAUCAGUCUAAACCCCAAACACUGGAUCCAUUUGCUGAUCUGGGGACUCUUGGAGCAAGUGGCCCCUCGUUUGCCAGCAAACCGACCACGCCGACGGGCAUGGGUGGAGGCUUCCCCCCCUCGCCACAGAAACCUUCUCCCCAGCCCAUGGGUGGCAGCAGUUGGCAGCAAGGAGCUGGCUAUGGCUGGCAGCAGCCCCAGCCCAAAGCCCAGCCAAGCAUGCCUCAUGCCUCACCCCAGAACAAACCCAACUACAACGUGAGCUUCUCGGCGGCGCCGGGAGCGCAGAACGAGCGUGGGAAAGGACCAGCUCACGUGGAUGCAAAACCAAAAGUGUCUGCAGAUUUCGAAGAUCUAUUAUCUGGUCAAGGCUUUAAUGCUCACAAGGACAAAAAGGGCCCUAAAACAAUAGCUGAGAUGAGAAAAGAAGAAAUGGCUAAGGAGAUGGACCCUGAAAAACUAAAAGUCCUGGAAUGGAUUGAAGGGAAGGAGAGGAAUAUAAGAGCCCUGCUGUCCACAAUGCAUACAGUCCUGUGGGCAGGGGAGACCAAGUGGAAACCUGUGAGCAUGGCAGAUCUUGUCACACCAGAGCAGGUGAAGAAGGUCUACCGGCGGGCAGUGCUUGUUGUCCAUCCUGACAAGGCUACUGGGCAGCCAUAUGAACAAUAUGCAAAGAUGAUAUUUAUGGAGCUAAAUGAUGCCUGGUCAGAAUUUGAAAACCAAGGACAAAAACCCUUGUAUUAGGUACUUUCUCAGUCUCCACUACAGACCUGUGCUAGUUCUUAUAUAGUCUCUUGUCACAAAUGUCACAGAUCAACCAAACUCUAGCUGGAAAUUCAGAAGUUUCCGAAAACUAAGAGCCUAAUACUUAUCAUGAAGAACAAGAGAAAAGUUUCCUUAUAGUUGUGUCAAGAAUCCUGAGCUCAGAGGAACUCUAGCCACCUGGCUUGCCACAUGGGAGCCACAGGGGUUACAGUUUCUUGUAACUUCUGUGUUUUUCUUUGGAUUCAAGUGAGGUGAGAGAGAGAGAGAACACAUUCUGGGCAAAGGUGGAAUUGUUCUCUCUGACACAGUGUACCUGGUGGAUUUCCUACCUAGGGUUUUUUUUUUUGUGUGUGAUAUGACAACACUUCAGCUGAGUUCAGUAAUUGGUGAAGCCCAGACUUUGAUGUCCUUUCUUCCCAGGUUUGGAUCAAAGGUUAUCCAAUUGAAGUGCUCAGGUGUGAUUCAGGCACACUUAUAACAGUCACCAUUUGUUGCUUAAUUGCUCAUUUAGUGUGUUGUGCCUGAAUGGAGAUGGAGCUGAAUCCUGGGUUAGAUGAGUGUGGCAGCUGACUGCUGCUUUGUGUGUUAACACCAUACUUCACCUUGGGAAAGAGAUUCCUCAGCAGUGUGGAGCGAUGUCUUUGAAAGCAAGGAACAAGAAACUGGUUAAACAGUACCUUGGUUUGUUAAACAACAGUUCUGGGGGAAUAGGGAAUUGGGGGGGAAGGGUGAAUCCACGUUUGUGAAAAUGAGGAAUGAGCAUGUACUGCAUUUCCCACAAAGUUCUCACCAAUACCUUGAAACCAUCAAAAGAAAUAUCAACCAACCGACACUCUGCUGCAAAGUUCUAGAAACUUCCCAGUCUAUAGGUAACACUGUCCCUCCUGAGGAUUCCAGAUACCUUUUUCCAGCCUGCUGUGUAUCACCUCUAUGCCUUUAUCAGCUCCAGAGCACUUGGCAAAGGCUCUUGGCAGAAUACAACCUGUUGCAACUUCACUUUUCAGACCAUGGUGUAGAUGUCAGUGGGCCAGGUCUGAUCUCUGAGGUAAAGCCAGUGCAAAUUGAUUCUCUUAAAAGUUUAUAUUGGACCAAAGCAAUAAUAUCAGAAGGAGAUUCCUCUGAUGCUAAAGCUGAAGCAUCUUUCCUAGGUAAAAAGCAAGUUUUACACUCUUCACCCCAAAUUCUGGCAUUCUCCUUUUGUAGGAAACUAAAGGAAUUUAGUAGAGGUUUAUUCACCAACAUGUGUCUGUAUCUGAGCUUGGAAAGGGUUGGUAUGUUCAGGAGGAGGCAGGAAUUUGUAUCUGCUGCUCAAGGAACAGGUUGCCAUCGGAUGGAAUCUUUAAAGCCAGUGGUUUUUAAAGACAAUCCACUUGUUGCACUUAGAUUUUCAAGUGGCAAAAGAUUUACUGCAAAGACAGCGUGUCAAAGUCCAUUGCUUUCUGUAUAAAAGUCAUCCUUUUGUUGUAUUGGUCCAUUAUUUACUACCAUGAAUUAACAAUGUGAAACCAACACAUAGGUCUCCUUUUAUAUAAAAGACCUUAAGAUAAUAGUAACAAACUGGAUGUUAUUUAUUAAUGUUUUGAUCCAGUAUGUGCUUGUCUUCUUUAAAGAGAUAACUGGAAUGUGAAUCAUGUUCCUGUGAUUUGUUGGUUUAUUGUUUCUCAUUCACAUUUGUAGAUCUUGUGACCUAUGCCUAUAUAAUAAAAAGGAUCUCAUUACUAUAAAGUACUUUUUUUAAUGAUGAAAACUACGUUAGCUUUGUAUGGAGUUGGUCAUGGCACAUAACUCUGGACACUUUAAUCCAUCAUUAAACUUUAUCGACCAAAAGAAACCCUACCCCACUUAAGCUUUGAUUACUUCCAUCCCUAAUGUUUUUAUGGAUGCAUGAAAGUAUUAGGACGUAUGUUUAUCAAAAUAGUUAACUAAAAAAAAAAAAAACACACCAUUCUUGUCAUAUCUGGUAGUGACAGAGGUUAUCAAUGUUCAGGUUUACUGUUUGACUAAAUUAUUGUAAUUUUUGUAAAUACAGUAUAUAAACGAUGAAAUUGUGACUGGUCUAAAACAUUUGUAUAUACAUUAAAAAGCUCAAAUUAACA